CAUUUUUGGGUGCUUGGUGCCCCAAAUCCUCUCCGUUUCUGGACGCCCAUGGAUGUGUUUUGGAUCCCUCUUCUCGCCACCCUCAUGCUCCUCCACCAAACCACGAGUGCCAGCGACAACACAGAGGUGAUCGGGGUCCUGGGCGGGUCCGUGACCUUCCACAGCCACAACCCAGAUGGAAAUGUAGCAUUCUGGAAUUUUGGGAAUGAACCCAUAGUUACUGUGGUAUUUGAGGACCCUCCUCGACUCAUAUUUUUCAAAGACAAAUUCCAAACCCGUUUUGCUGUGUCUGAGAGAGGCCGCGCACUCAGCAUUUCCCAGCUGAGGAUGGAGGAUGCCGGGAGCUACUCUGUAACCAUUAAUGGAAAAAGAUCCACCUUCACCCUCCAGGUGUUCAGGAGGCUGGCAGAGCUCACGGUGACCUGCGAGGCCCAGAACUGCUCGGACGGGAGAUGCAGCUUCUCCCUGCGCUGCUCCGUGCCCGACGCCAGCCUCGGGAACAUCUCCUACAGCUGGAGAAUGCGGGAUCAGCUAUUGGCUGAGGGCCCCAUGCUGCUGGUGAAUGAAUCACUCUCAGAUAAGCAGGAGAUUCUGACAUGCGGAGUGCAGAACCCUGUCAGCACCAUGAAUGUCACCGUCACCACCCCCAUGGUGCUCUGCCCAGGUGCCAACUCCGGCAGCUGGAUCAGGAUCGGCGUCGUAGCCGGGGUUGAAAUCGCGUUGCUGUUAUCGAUUUACCUCGUGUUCUACUGCAAAUCCAAAGGUCACUGACCGGCCCCACGUGGCCAGGCUGGGCUGAGAUUCCUGCCACAGCCGGGCCGUGCCACCAGGACUGUCCCAACACCGUGAGUGAGCAGCCACGCGGCCGUGACAAGUGCCAGGAGUGGCCUCGUGGCCAGCACUGGAGAUGGCCCCAAAACCCAGAUCGACCACAAGGCCGAGACUGUCCAGCCAAAAUCCUCAUGGCCGAGGCAGCUCUCGCAAUGAACUUUGUUUGCUUCACGGAAAUUAAAAGCCAGGAAAGAGCUGUUUCUUGUGGAGAAGUCUCCAUGGCAUGGCAAGAGAGACUGCUCUCCACAAGAGAGCUGAAGACAGGCUGUUUUGAGUUGGUAAACUGACUGAAAGUGCCAGGUUUUGUCUCUUUACAUUGUCAGUGGGAAAGAAAAGAGCGUGGGGGAUAAGCAUUCAAAGGUUUAUUCUGAUUUUAUUUUUAUUUUUAUUUUAGCUCAGUCAAUUAAUAUUUUUUUAUACCCUUUAAAGUUUGGAGCCUGUUUUGCCCUCCACUUCCUGAUCCGUAUGUCACAGCAGGAAAUGAGCAAACAACUCCAGUGAGCGCUGGGGUUUGACCAGCACUAAACCCACCUCAAAAUUGGUGUGUUGGCCGGAAACUCAGACUGGCAAACCCAAACCUAUUCACACCCUUCACCAAGAAAAAAAAAAUAAAAGGAUUCCAAAUUUUCCAAACCCUAAAAACCCCACAAAAUUGCCACCCCCACCCAUCCCGCCUGACCAAUCCCAAAUCCAUCCCUUCUGGAGUUUUCCAUCCCCAAAUCUUCACUCCAAGGCAGAGCUGAGCAUUGAAUCUUUGGAUGGGGGGGGGAUCCCAAAUUUCUGGCUAUUUUUAUUCCAUCAAUCCCAGUGGCCACUGGAGUUUCCAGGAGAAUUCCAAAGGGACGGGAAUUCCAGGGUUUUAAAGGUGCUGGUGGUCAGCAGGAUUUGGGAAGCCCAAGCACCUGUAACCCCCGUUAUCCUGCAAAGAAAUGGGUGGUAUUUGGGGCAUUUUGGGGAUUUUUUGAUCCCAAAAAACCCUUGUGGAUUCUCCAUUACCUCCAAGCAGUCAGUCGAGACCAAAGCUCGGUCCAGCCUCUUCCUCUUGAUGGAGGAAGGCUGUGGGGAAAAGGGGAAAAAUUCCCAUUGGGAAAAGUGGGAUGACAAUCCCAGAACCUCAGGGGACAUGGAUUUGGUGUCCCCAUGGCUUGGGGACGCUUCAGGGCAGCCUCACCCUGUGGCCGAACUGGACCGUGGAGUAAAUGGUGAAAUUCUCGGGCUCCUCCCGGUGCCUGGGGUGCUCCUGCCAGGGAAAAAGGGUCGGGAUGCACAAACAAUGGGAAAUUUUGGGAUAAAAAAUGGAUUAAAAAUGGUGCCAGCCUGGGAAUCAGCUGGGAUCCCAUGGGAAUGACCCUACCAGUGUCCUGGGAGUGACCACGGCGUAGAUGGUGGCUCCUUCCUGGGUGGCCUCCCCCAUCCCGACCUGGGGACACAAAAAAUGCCUGGAAUGGUUAAAAGGAUCAACUUUGGUUUCCUGAAAUACUCACACAGAGGGAAUUUCCCCAUGGGAAGCCUGGUCAGGCCUGGAAACUGCCCAAGGUUUGGGUUCCUGGUCCUGGAAGUGUCCAAGGGAUGACC